UAUAAAUGGCUGCCCCCUACAAAAUUGGCAAAUGUAAUAUCUUGCGUAUAUUAUUAUUAUGAUGAUGGUUCAACCGAGUGAAAAUAUUAAGGGAAUUUUCUUGGCCGCACUGCUUACAAUGAUAAUGCCACUUUCACUUGGGUGUUGGGUUUUAAAUACGGCUUUUGAUACGUACUAUGGACCGGCAAGUGAUUGGAAGCCUAUCUCGCCGAUCAGAUGGUUGAUGUCUGCUUUAGUGCCAUUACUGUUUGUCGUGCGUGCAAUGCAGCGAGGGAGCCUGUCAAAGAGCGGCGUUAUUGCAGGUUUGCUGGUUGGCAUAGUCAUGAUGAUAAGCAGCUUCUGCUUCUUCGUGUCGAUGGCGGUAUUCUUUUUGGUCGGAUCACGAGCGACAGUAUUCAGGUCGGCACGCAAGCGCAGAAUGGAUGAUGCCUUCAAGGAAGGUGGACAAAGAGACUGGGUUCAAGUUAUAUGUAACGGUGGAGUGGCUACCGAACUCGCAAUUCUAUACAUCAUUGAUCAUGGCUGCAGUGAGACCAUCAUUGAUUUUGCUCAUGAUUACAAUGCGUCCUGGCUAUCAGUCGGUGUGCUGGGAGCACUGGCAUGUUGCUGUGGCGACACUCUGGCAUCCGAAUUAGGAACCGUCAUUGGCAACUCACAUCCCCGGCUCAUAACGACACUCGAAUGUGUCCCUACAGGAACGAACGGAGCGGUGUCCGUCGUCGGGCUGCUGGCGAGCGCGCUGGGAGGAUUCAUCGUCGCGGUCGGCUACUACGCGGCGGAGCUGCUCAUGCUGCCGCGCGACCUGGUGGCGGCGAGCUGUCCGCAAUGGCCGCUCCUCAUCGUCGGCACCAUCGCCGGUCUGCUCGGCUCCGUCAUCGACUCCCUGCUGGGAGCGACGUGCCAGUUCUCGGGUUACUGCACGGUGCGGCAAUGUAUGGUGGAGCGCCCUGGUGACAGUGUGCAUCACGUCAGUGGAUGCCCCCUGCUGGACAAUCACAGCGUAAAUCUACUCUCCUCGCUCUUAACAGCCCUCGUCACACCUGUGAUCGCAUUCCACGUCUGGAGCUUCUUCGCUUGAAGCACGGAAGAACGGUGUCAAAUAAAAGCAAUAAAAUUAACUCCUAGAGUAAGAUGUUUACCCAUGAGAAACUCAAGUUAACUUUUCUUUCUCAGCUAUGUACGGAAUAUGCCACUUUGGGCUGGUUGUGCUUAAUUUGCCAGGGAGUGAAUACAGUUGACAAGUUUGUUAUGCAUAAAUUAAUUGUAAUAUAUUUAUGAGGUUAUGAAGGUGAUUUCCCAGACUGUGUCAGUUGUCAGAUAUGGGUGAGGUCUUCCAGUUUGUUCAAAGGAUAUCAUUGCAUUGGAUUAUGCCAUUGUUUGUUUAAGGAGUUGAUUGUUGUAUCAGGAGAGAAUAUAAACAGUUUAUUUUCAUUCUCUCCUGGUAGUAUAUUUAACUAUUAAAGUUUAAAAGGCUAUAGAUAUCAUGUGAUAAAUAUUUCAUUUAAUAACACAUUAGUCUGUGUUGUGUACAGAGUACCACUUGCCUGGAAGACAGGAAAUUUAUUUUUCAUAGAAUGUGUCUAGCAAAUUCCAGGAUAAAAAUCAAGUGACAGUCACUGGCUUGCAAAGUAAGUCCAUAGGUGAUAAUCGAGUCAAAUAGCUUCAACCUGUCUAUGUAUAUCAGUAAGUCCUUGUACAUUAAAUCUUUGUACAAACUCCAGUAUGGAUGGAUGUUUGGAAAAAGGCUAGACAUGACUUGUCACCAUCAGUAUUUUGCAGUCCAAAGAAGUGGGUCCUUUAUAACGUUCGAAAUGUUAUUUUUCAGUACCUACUAUAUACUAUGGGUAUAUACUAUGUUGAUUGUUAAACUGAAAUUGUGUAUAUAUAUAUAUUUUGCUAUUAAAUCCAUUUUAUAUGUUA